AUGAUCAUCGCACGCUUUAAAUCCAUUGCAAUGACACCCCGGCCACGCAUUUUACGAAGGAUCCAGAAGAAGAAAGGGAAAAGGCAAACCACAUGGCUGAUACCUGACUUUGGAAUUAUACGCUUCGUUGAUAGGCGGCGCGGCUUUGCCAGUGAUAGACCAGAUAGACCUGUGUGGUUUCAAGCCCAGUCAAGGCUCGUCGGAAUAGCGGAAAUCAAAUGUUCUCCUGUCGACAAUACACCAUUCAUGGUAUUAGCUGCAGUAGACGAGGCUUAUGUAGCCCUUGUAAGACAAGUCAAGCUAUUUUUCAAGGCAAACAAGGAUGUGGAUUCGAUCAUAGGGAUACCCAUUGCUGGCGAUUGGUGGUCGUAUAAACCGUUUACCAGGGACAAUCUUCCUGCUAUAUCCAGAAGAAAAAGAGACGCCGACAGUUAUAUUCCGUCCUCGGAUUCGUCCAGCAUUCAACAACAAAGUCAAUCUAACAGUAUCUCGGGCGACGAUUCUAACGAGGAGUCCAGUGUUGAAUCCAAUGACGAUUCCAGUGAUGAGUGCAGCAGUCGCGACUCAGAUUCCAACAGUGAUACAGAUGGUGAUUCGGUGGAAGACUCUGUCGAUGAAUUGAAUUAUGACAACGACGAUACCAAUAGUGACGGCAAUGACAAUUCCGAUGUCAACUCUGACAAUGGUUCGCAUGAAGAAUCCGGUGUCAAUACCGACGACGAUACGGCAGAAACGACAUCUUCCAAAGACGAGCUCGAUAUCAUAAGUCAAGAUGAAGGACCUAUUUCGAAGGAGUAUCUUGCUAAUAGGCCGCAAAGAGACGUUAGAGGAGGGAUCCAGACCUUUUACCGACUGCGUACUCCUGAAAGUGAUGUUGCAAUAACUACUCUGUUUGAAGCAAUUAGAGAUCUACCAUGCUGUAAAGAUCUCGAUGAGCAGUCUUUUUGA